CUGGCGCAUCUCGUACGCCGGCCAAGGGCCUCCCAAAAUCCGGGAUCCUAAACCCUGAUUGGCGCCUCCGCCCCCUCCCUCCCGCGGCGGGACGGAAGCUCUCCGAGCGCCCGGCGCUGCCAUGGGCGAGGAGGCGGCUGGGCCCCGGCGGCCCGGGGUGGGCGUGGGGGUGGUGGUCACCAGCGCCGCGCACCCCAACUGCGUCCUCCUGGGCAAGCGGAAAGGCGCGCUGGGCGCCGGCACCUACCAGCUCCCCGGAGGCCACCUGGAGUUCGGGGAGAGCCUGGCGGAGUGCGCGGCGCGGGAGACGCUGGAGGAGGCGGCGCUGCGGCUGCGCCACGUGCGGUUCGCGUCGGCCGUGAACGCGGUGUGCGAGUCCCAGCGCUACCACUAUGUCACCGUGCUCAUGAAGGGAGAGGCCGAGCCGGGCGCCGAGCCGCGCAACCAGGAGCCCGACAAGAACGAGGGCUGGGAAUGGGUGAAAUGGGAUGAAUUUCCUCCAGCAGAUCAACUGUUCUGGGCCUUACGCUGUUUAAGAGAGCAAGGUUAUAACCCCUUUACAGAAGAACUCGAUCACCUAAAGGGGUACACGGGAAGUCACCAAUUAGAGUAAAAAACAAAUUGUAUGUUAUGUCACAAACUAAAGGAGAGACCUGCUUUUUUUUGGUGUAGAAGUAAAAAAGAUAUAAAGUGCUCACCCUGCCCAUGUGAAAAUAUUGUUUUCCAAAGAACAUGCCAACUGUUUCAGUGCUUUUCCCAUAUUUCACACAACAGUUUUCUCUCAUUCCAGACCCAUUUCUAGAUUUAGUAGUUAACAAUUAACAUUUGCUUUUACAGAAAACUCAGUGUUUUAUCUAGUUAAUAUUUAUAUUGAUGAACAGCCAUUUGGAAGUCAGCACUAGCCAGGGAAGCUUACUCACUUAAAAGCAGUUGCAGCAAAACUUACUUGUUUAAACCUGCUUUCCUGUAAUUAUUGGACCAAUUUUAAAACUUAGCUUUGUCUUUUAGCUUCAGUUAUGAAAAACAAAAGUUAUAUUUAAUAGACAAUGCCUUUUUUCCCUGCAGUCAGCAGUAUACACUUGAAAAAAAAAAAGACUUAUAAAUGUGAAGACUGUUAUGACACAUUGCAGGGAAUGAAAAUUCCCUGGCCCUUCCUGCCAGUUGCUUCCAUAGCAGAGUUCUGUUUAGAGCCUCAAUUACAUUGAAUUUAUCUGCAGAAAUGCCUCAGAUCUCUACAAUUAUCUGAAUUUGUUACCAAAUUCUUGGAAUGGAGAGAUGCCUACUCUACUAGGCUGACACAAAUUUAAUUUAUAGGUGUAGCUCCAUUGCAGAAAUCCUACUUUGUGGCCAAAGAGUUGUCAGUAUUAAACAGCACAGAUGGGUGUAGUUCCCUAUGGCUGACUAUAGAAAUUUGCUAAAAUAGGAAUUUUCAGUUUGACCAAUUAAAUGACUGAGCUGAUAGUGAAUGAAAUUACAGUACCCAAUAGUACAUUCAAAACCAAGGAGUUAAUAUUUUUAAUUUUUCUAGAAUCUGCAACCAAUUCUGAUUAUUUUCCAGCUGUUGUCACCAAGAUAUCAGCAAUUAAUUUUAGGAUGUAACUUUUAAAGAAAUCGCUAAUUGGCUAAUUUUUUUCUUGUCAGACUUCUUUUAUAGCACAUCUCUUGUCUAUUUCCUUUAGAUAUACUCAUUGUACAAAAAUGUUGUAAGAUAUCUUUAAUUUAUUUUGCAUAAAACACAGGCAUAAUACUGAGAGAUUAAAAUCACCUGAAAUUAUGAAUUGACUUCUCAGUUCUUAAAAUAAAUCAGCUUGAGGAGUUUAAAGCUCUUCCUUACUUUGUACAUUCAUUUUUUUUAAAUGGAGAUGGCUCUUGCUGAGAAACAGAAUGAUAAGGCAUAAGGAUGCUACUGCCCCUGGCACUCUUUCUGCUUAGAGUUUGAAGUAUUAAUUAUGUGCAACUUCCCUUAGGACAGACACCCGUUCUCUGAGUGAAGAAAGAAGUAGCGUUGCACAGCAGUCUUGAAAUGGGAAAUAUCACCAAAAAUUCCACUGCUACUGUUCCUUUGAAAAAAGCUUAUUUUCCUAUUCAAAAGUGGAGAUUUGCUUCCUGAAAGCAACCUUAUGUACACUGAAAAUUAUUCCAUUCAGCUGUCAACAAAGAAGCUGUAGGAAGAGUUGACAGAUGUCCUGCCCAUCUGUCACAAAGAAUAAUGAAGAAGAAGAAUUUUAAUUAAUUAGUACAAUUUUAAAUUUUAGAAAACAUCUAAGUCCUGAUGAGAGAACAGAGACCGCUGUAAAAUGGUCUGUCAUGCAAUAAAUACUUUCUUGGCA